CCCAAGUCAAGAACUUCAGAUCAGCUGCUUCCUUGAACUUCAUCACUUCCCAAGGUGGUCGUCUCUUCCCUAGCCGAGCUUCGUAAGCAAAAAACCAUUCACCUCAAGCUUGGCUCGCACUCCACGACAAAACACGAUGGCGUUGCCCAAAAGGAUUGUGAAGGAGACGGAGCGUCUUAUGACGGAACCCGUUCCCGGUAUUAGUGCCGUACCCCACGAGGAUAACCUGCGAUACUUCGACGUUGAGAUUCACGGCCCUAGUGGUUCGCCGUAUGAGGGCGGCGUCUUCAAACUCGAGCUCUUCCUGACGGACGACUACCCGAUGGUCCCCCCGAAAAUCCGCUUCCUUACCAAGAUCUACCACCCUAACGUCGACAAGCUUGGUCGCAUUUGCCUUGAUGUCCUGAAGAACAACUGGUCUCCAGCUCUUCAGAUCCGAACAAUCCUGCUCUCGAUCCAGGCACUAUUAGGCGCUCCCAAUCCCGACGACCCGCUUGCUGCCGACGUUGCAAAGAGCUGGAAAGAAGACGAGAACAAGGCUAUCGCCACGGCCAAGGAGUGGACCAAGAACUUCGCUACGCCCAAAUCUUAGAUGGAU